AGAAGAAGAAGAAGAAGAAGAAGAAGAAGGAGGAGGAGAAGAUGGCGCGGUGCUGGAUGUAAACAAAGAGGAUUUUGUGUUUCUCCGUGUGAAGAAGAAGGUUUAACUUCUGGAAACAUCAACACUGAAGCAACAUGUACACAGAUUUGGUUAUGGAGUGUGAGGCUGAGGAGCUGGAGCCAUGGCAACAGGUGGACGACAGGGUGGAGGAAGACGAGAUGGACGGAGUGAUAGACUCCGAGACUCCGCCCCCCAGGAGUCCUCCACCAAUCACAGCUCCAACAGGUACAGCAGGACUUCCUCGGAUAUCCAACUCCAUGGCGAAGCCUCACGGAAAGUGUGCUGUUGUUGGCUGUGAAGACGAGCACAGAACGCUCCAUCGUGUCCCAGCUGCAGAGGACAGAAAAGCGCCAUGGCUUGAAUUCAUUUUUGAAGGCAAUGUCCCUUCUAAAGUUGGCAAAAAACUCUUGGUGUGUGCUAACCACUUCCAGACUGACUGUUUCUCCAACCUGGGUCAGUACAACGCAGGAUUAGCUGGGAAACUUAUCCUAAAAGAGGGCGCACUUCCAACUUUGCGUGGACUACCUGCAGACGAGGACCAUAAUGACCAUAACUCAACAGUGGCUGCAGCCGCACAGAGCCUUAUAAAUGUGCUCACACAGAACCUCUCUCAGGGACAGCAAGAGCAAGGAAGAAAGCAGGAACAGGAAUCUUCAUCUGUAGAACAAGAGAUGACCAGAUCUUUUCCUGGAUUUUUCUCAAGAAAAAGUUACCUUGGAAAGCGAAAGAUACAGAGUCCAAAGACCUGUAGCACACCAUAUACAAAACCCUGGAAGCCUUUUAGUUUCUAUGUGUACGUGUUGAACAUUAAUUCAGAGACAACCCCAAACUCAUCUGAAGAGUCUGAGCUUGCCCAGGCAGGGCUUGGAAAAAGACAUCUCACCAUGUCCAGGGAUAUGAGUCACGAGGAGUUCUUUAGACUACUUCAAAAUGAGUACCCUAAGAUGCAGGGAGUGACAGGAGGUUGGCUACUCUACAAGACUACAGGUGGUCAGGGUAAAAGGAGACUGGUAAUGAUUCCUCCUGACUCUGAUGGAUACACUGGAACCCUACUUCGCAGUAUUACAGGGGCAGGAAAGAGCACCCUGUAUAUUGUGCCAUUGCAACAUGAGUUUGACCUAACUCCCCUACCUCCAGAUGCUAUUGAAUUCCGAAGCAUGCCAAAAGCACAAUGCCAAACAUGUAAAGUGAUUUUUCCUUUGCACAUUUUGGCCCUUCAUGUUCAAGAGUGCAUGGAGUCUCAGUCAGCAGGAGAGGAUAUUGAGGAGUGUCAAAGUGACAUCCAGAUAGUUUCAGAGACAGCCCCCCCUGUCCAUGACACCGAGACAUCUUUUGAAGAGAAAGUUCCAUGUCCUAUCUGUUUCUUGAACUUUACACCACAGUUUGUAGAGAUCCAUGCUAGCAUGUGUGGAGAAAGAAGAAAGGACAAUCUUAAAAUGGCUGAGACAACUGCCGUGAGCCAGGACAAUGGAGAGGAGCACAUCAAAAGUGUUGAUGAUGUAUUGGAUGCCAUUUGUCGAAGAGUUGACGUAGAGAAACAAUUCAACAUCCAAAUCUCAAGAAUAAACAUUCUGGAGAGAGGCCUACUGCAGUGGCAACGUCAAAAAAAAAAUUCACCCACUGCUACUCUGAAAGUGACAUUCUUUGGGGAGGCAGGAGUGGACACAGGUGCGCUCCGAAAAGAAUUUCUCACAGAACUGAUGGCAGGAAUUGAGAGCCGUUUCUUUGAGGGGCCGGAGCACCAGAGGAGCCCACGAUACUCUCUGACCGACUUUGACAGUGGCCUGUACAAGACUGUUGGAGAGAUUUUGGCAGUUAGUUUGGCACAAGGUGGCCCGGCCCCUGCCUUUUUCAGCCCAUGGACUUACAGUUACCUCUGUAGUGGGCAAAUAAACCCAACUACUCUUAACAGGGAUUCAGUUGCUGAUGUCCAGUUGCGAGGGUUAUUGGACCAGGUUGAAAUGUCAACUGAACAUUCAAUUGAAGGCCUAUCUGAUGAAAUCUUAAAUUGCGGAUAUACUGGAGCUAUAUCUGUGCAAAACAAGGAGUCCAUUGUCCGUGCCAUCAUACUCCAUGCAGUGCUGAGGUUGCAGCCUAUGUUGGAUCAAUUGAGGGAAGGCCUGCAGCUGUAUGACCUUCUUCUGCUAAUUGGGCAGUACCCAGAUAUCUGCCAGCCCCUGUUUGUUCCUGGGGAAGAUGUAAAAGUCAAUGCAGAGUUUGUCAUGGCAUCCAUACUUCCUCAACUGAGUGAGAAAGGGACUUCCAGGCAUCAGAUUGAGCUGGAGAUGAUCAAUUUCAUUCAAGACUUCCUUUAUGAAGCUGAAGCGGAGGGUCAGGGGCAUGUAGAUGACCAAGAUGGCCUGCAUUCCAUCACACCUGCCCGGUUUCUACAGUGGAUCACAGGCCAAGGUCACAUUCCACUUCUUCCCUCAGAGAAGAAGGAUUUUGCUGUAACGAUCAAGUUUAACCAUGACUGUAGUGCAGACUUUGGCCAUCACAAUGUGUGUUACCCUGUUGUUUCAGCAUGUGCCAAGAAUAUUGUACUACCUGUCAAACAUAUGAGGCCUUAUGACCAGUUCAAAAAGGUUCUAAUUAAGGCUUUUCAUCUGGGUCAACAGUUUAACAUGGUGUAAAUAUUUAGCAGUAGUUGCUACUUUUACUUUUGUUGUGAUUAAUGAACAUUUCUUAAUACUGUGUUUCGGGACUAAUCAUUCAAGAGUAAACAUUACAUAUUUGUUUAAUGACCGUACUGUAGAGCAUUUCAUACAAAUUUUGCAAGUUCAAAAAGGUUCUAAUUAAGGCUUUUCAUCUGGGCCAACAGUUUAACAUGGUGUAAAUAUUUAGCACUAGUUGCUGCUCCUUUUUUACUUUUGUUCUGGUUAAUGACCAAAAUGUUUUAAUACUACUGUGUUUCAGGACUAAUCAUUCAAGAGUAAACAUUAAAUAUUUGUUUAAAGACAGUACUGUAGAGCUUUUCAUACAAAUACAACUGGAAAUCUUGCAACACGAUUUCAUAAAAGAAAUUUCUUUACAUCUCAUCUAGAGGUCUGGUUAAUUGGCAUCAUGUUGUCUCACAAAUAAGUUGCUACCCAGCACUCACAGCAGUUCAAUAAUGUUUGUACUAUGUUGCUUCGUGGUUGUCAGUAACAAACAUUAAAAACAAAUUAAAUGUC